GGAGUGCUGGGAGCUGCCGGGUUUUGCGAAUGUGCCGAGGGCUGGCGGAUGUGCCGACGGAUCUCUCUCUAUUGGCGGAGCUGAGGGCGGGCAAUGCUCCUUCAUCUCCUGUUUACACCUUAGGAUUUGAGGGCGAGUGAGUUGCAUGUUGUGUGUGUGUGUGUGUGUGUGUGUGUGUGGUGCUGGGCUGCAAGGGUUCACUCACUCACACAUAUACACACACAGAGAGAGAGAGAGAGAGAGAGACACACACACACACUGGCUGACUGAUGACUGAAUGGAGAAUUCUUACUCGGCUUCGGAGAAUGGAUGAGAAAACUUGGGAUUUCAAAGUGAUUGGGAGAAAUUUGAAAGCCUAAUGACUUCUAGCCGCUGGUAUCAGUUUCCUCGCCUGUUUCAUUCUUGGAAGAGAUUCAAAGGGAUCAUCUUUUUAUUCCUUGCAAACAUUUUUAAUUUCAGUUUUUCUGUCAUCUAAAAAGAAGCUGGAGUGAGGCACUGGAGAGGGAGCUGGGUGUGCUGUGUCCUUUUGAUUCCCCCUCCACCCCGACCCCCUCUCCCUGUUUGUUCUUCGUCCUACACUUCUAAAUCGUUUUGGCCUUUUAAGAGAGGGAGAGAGAGAGGGAGAGAGAGGGAGAGAGGGAGAGAAAGGAGGGGGACAUCAGUCCUCUGCAGCCGGCUCCAACAUGCACUCACCACGGCCACAGGGAUCGCUCGCUCUCGGUCUGCACAUUAUCCUGGUGGCUGUCUGCCAAGCAGGAUCUGAAUACAGCGAUGUGCUUCCUGAGUCCUUCCCCUCCUCUCCGGCAGAGCCUCUGCCGCGAUUCCUGGUGGAGCCAGAUGAUGCCUACAUUGUCAAGAACAAGCCAGUUGUAAUGACCUGCACAGCAACCCCAGCAACGCAGAUCUACUUCAAGUGCAACGGUGACUGGGUGCACCAGAAGGACCAUGUGACUGAGGAGAAUGUGGAUCAGAUCACAGGGCUGGUGGUCCGGGAAGUUCACAUCGAGGUCUCGAGGCAGCAGGUGGAGGAGCUCUUUGGUUUAGAAGAUUUCUGGUGCCAAUGCGUUGCCUGGAGUGCCUCAGGCACAACUAAGAGCAGGAGAGCGUACGUCCGCAUUGCCUACCUGAGGAAGAACUUUGAGCAGGAACCACUGGGAACAGAUGUGUCUCUGGAACACGAGGUUCUGCUGCAGUGCCGCCCACCAGAAGGAGUCCCACCAGCCGAGGUGGAAUGGCUGAAGAACGAUGACAUCAUUAAUCCAGUCCAAGACUCCAACUUCCUCCUCACAAUUGACCAUAACCUGAUCAUCAAACAAGCCCGUCUCUCUGACACAGCAAAUUACACGUGUGUGGCCAAGAACAUUGUUGCCAAGCGACGCAGUACCACUGCCACUGUGGUUGUAUAUGUGAAUGGUGGCUGGUCCACCUGGACAGAGUGGUCUUCCUGCAACAAUCGCUGCGGGCGAGGCUGGCAGAAACGGACAAGGACUUGCACCAACCCAGCACCACUCAACGGCGGGGCUUUUUGCGAUGGGCAAACCUUUCAGAAGAUCGGCUGCACCACCAUGUGCCCAGUUGACGGUGGGUGGACAGAUUGGAGCAAAUGGUCAGCUUGCAGUACUGAGUGCACCCACUGGAGGAGCCGCGAGUGCACAGAACCCUCACCCAGAAACGGAGGCAAGGAUUGCAUUGGCCUAGUGUUGGAGUCUAAAAACUGCACAGAUGGCCUCUGUAUGCAGAAUAAAAAGCUAUUAAAUGAACCAAAAAACUCUACAAUGGGCGCCUCUGGUGAUGUUGCCUUGUAUGCGGGCCUGGUGGUGGCUGUGUUCAUCUUCCUGGUUAUAAUGCUGGUGCUCGGCAUCAUCGUGUACAAGAGAAGCUGCCGGGACUUUGACACCGACAUCACCGACUCCUCCGCCGCUCUGACUGGGGGUUUCCAGCCCGUCAACUUCAAGACUCCUCGGCAGGAUAACUCGCAGCUGCUGAACUCGUCGAUACAACCAGACCUAACAGCCAGCGCUGGCUCAUACCGAGGGCCCAUGUACACUCUCCAAGACACGGCUGACAAGAUCCCCAUGACAAACUCUCCGCUCUUGGACCCGUUGCCCAGCCUGAAGAUCAAAGUGUACAAUUCCUCCACAACAGCCUCUGUGCUGGUGAGAGGGACGGAUCCUCCAGGCAAGGCCCCAUCAGGGACGUACCCAGGGGGCAACAGCAGGGACACCAAUGUCACCAUGAACAUGAGGAACAAAGUGCUCAGCUCACAGCCCCUGGGUACCAUGCCCAGAGAUCCCGGAUACAGUGCCAGCGGGACCUUUGGCUGUCUGGGUGGACGACUGAUGGUGCCCAACUCAGGAGUCAGCUUAUUGGUACCACAGGGCGCAAUUCCACAGGGCAAGUUCUACGAAAUGUACCUGAUAAUAAACAAGAGGGAGAAUACGUUGCCCCCAUCCGAAGGUUCGCAGACGGUCCUGAGUCCCAUGGUGACCUGUGGCCCAACAGGUAUGCUGCUGUGUAAACCCGUUGUCCUCAGUAUGCCUCACUGUGCAGAGGUCUGUGGAUCGGACUGGACCAUUCAAUUCAAGACACAGACUCACCAGGCAGCCUGGGAGGAGGUGGUGACUUUGGAGGAGGAGAAUUUAAACACCCCGUGCUACUGUCAGCUUGACCCCCAGUCCUGCCACAUUUUGUUGGAUCAGUUGGGCACAUAUGCCCUCGUUGGGGAGUCCGUCUCCAGGUCAGCCAUUAAAAGACUCCAGCUCGCCAUAUUUGCACCCACUUCAUGCACAUCUCUGGAGUACAGCCUUAAAGUGUACUGUGUGGACGACACGCCAGAUGCUUUGAAGGAAGUGCUGGAGCUCGAGAGGACUCUAGGUGGUUACUUGCUGGAGGAACCCAAAUCCCUGCUGUUCAAGGACAGUUACCACAACCUCCGGCUCUCCAUCCACGAUAUCCCUCACUCGCUGUGGAGAAGCAAAUUACUUGCCAAGUAUCAGGAAAUCCCAUUUUACCAUAUCUGGAGUGGUACCCAGAGAGCGUUGCACUGCACCUUCUCCCUAGAGAGGCACAGCCUGGCAUCGACUGAAUUUUCCUGCAAAAUCUGUGUCAGGCAGGUGGAAGGAGAGGGACAGAUUUUCCAACUACACACAACCAUUGAAGAGAAUGCCAAAGGUGUUAGCCCAUUCCACACACAGGUUGGCACCAACAUAACCACCCAGGUGGGCCCUUAUGCCUUUAAGAUUCCAUAUUCCAUCAGGCAGAAAAUCUGCACUAACUUGGAUGCACCAAAUACCCGAGGCAAUGACUGGAGGCUCCUGGCCCAGAAGCUGGGGGUUGACAGGUAUCUCACCUAUUUUGCUACAAAACUUAGUCCCACUGGGGUCAUCCUGGACUUGUGGGAAGCCCAGCAUCAAGAUGACGGAGACAUCAAUUCCCUCGCUGGCGUCCUUGAGGAGAUGGGCAAGAGUGACGUGAUGGUAGUCAUGACGACAGAAGAAUGCUGAAACUUGGAUAACCUUACCCACAUAGUGAUGGAACCCUAGCAUCUAUGACAACUGUUGUAGAAAUCAGCUUGCUGUUCACUGGAGCACCAAGCCAAUUAGGAACUUGGUAAUUUUUACACGAGAGUUGAAGAUGUCACAUUCAAUCUAGACAAACCCUCUCUCCUCUCAAAAGCUUUGGGCAGCUUGUAAAAGGUUAACAGUUUCUUAGGAAACGCAUUUAAUUUAUUAUCCAUAUCUUUGGAUGCUUUUUUUUUGCUCCUAUCGUGAAACUUUGUAUAAAACCCAAGGAUUUGUUUACAUUCACAGCUGAUGUAGACAUCACUCAGAUCCUAGUGCACAUGUUGUACAAAAGAGUAGGGAAGGAAACCAACUGAGCUGCUCACAACUGUUUACGAAGAAGAAGAGAAUGAAUUGUAGAUGCAGGCAGUUGUCGCUGGGCCAUGUUAUCCUCUUUCAUUUCAUUUUUUACGUAGCCAUCAAAAAUUCUGUGUUCAGGCUUGGAAGAAAACAUUGCAGAUGCCACAUCUGUGCUGGUUUCUCCCAAGUCAUGAUUGCAGAACACGUCUUAAGAGUGAUUUCCAAAGUUUUUCUCUCUUUUUGAUACCAGCUCAGUGGUCCAAGCUGAGAAUGCCCAUGACCAAGCACUUAACAGGCUUGUACAAGAUUCUCUGUCCACUAUUGCAGUGGUGGCAUUUGAAAUAAGCGGGUUAAUGUGCACAGAGGAAUGUCUCACAAAGGUUAGCGGGCACUCAGCCAGUAGUAUCAACCACAAUCAUUUCUAGCCUGGCAUUCAUCAUUUCUGAUUCGCAUGAAGAGGUUUCUGAAUCCAGUGCAGGUAUACCUCACCUACUGCCCUCUUCCAUUCACUCCUCCUUCCCCUCUCUCCACUGAGAUAUACAGGAGUAAUUCCUACCUAAUCUUCGCUAAGUUGAAGCCACAAGCUAAGGUGGUUUAGGACUGACGCCAAGCAAUAGUGAUUCACCGAAGGAACCUACCAUUCCCAGGAGAAGUUUUUCUGACUGUUGAGCUUGCAAUGUCCUCAUAGACAAAAUAGCCAAACCCACAUACACCAACCCAGGACUUGGACCCGCAACAUGAAGUCCAACGUUUGACUUGAAUGAAUAUGGCAGAGAUUUUACUGCGUUAAAGUGCUUUUGAUACUUUAAAGCACAUUUUCAGCAUUAUAUUCUGAACCUUAAUUCUGCUUUUGUUUCUCUGAAUCUUAAUUUUGAUGCUGAAUGUUAGUCGAUGCCAUCUAUGAGAAGAAUACAGGAAACAUAUUGAAGCAUUUUGACAUCCCACCAUCAUUUAACACUUCCCAUAUCCUUUCAUAAGAGAAGCUUCAUUCGGUGGUGUAAUAUUCUCUGCUGCCCACACCUUACUUCCUCCCCACCUCCGUCCAUCUCACUGAGCUGUGUAAUGCCUCAAAACAACGUCAUUGAUGAAACCUGCGGGACCUGGAACUUCUGGUCCUUGAAGCCUUGUUAGCACAAACGUUGACAGCUGGGAGAAUUGUAAAGCCAUUUCAGAACUCUGGGACUGGUGUCUGGAGAUAGCUGUGGACUGAAUGAGGUCAAAGUGCGUCAUGCACGGAGUUUCUUCCUUGUACAGGACAUCUUAAGGAAGUGCUCGCUGGGAGGUGCUACCCAAAUGUUGGGAUCAUUUUUUUUUCAGGAACUCUCUCAGAUGGCAAAGCCCUCCAAGGUUUCAUUCUCCAUCUGAUUCCUAGUUUGAGGAUCAGUAUCCAAUGAUGUCUUAUUCCAAACUUGCCUUUAAAUAAAAUACCUUUGGUUAUCACCAUGCAUUGAAAACAUCCUUAGUUGACUGAAAGGUCAGGCCAACUUGAAAAAUAAAUUAAUAUUGGUUGAAUGUGGGAGUGUGUGAAGCAUUUUUGAUGCUGUGUUAGUGUCAACAAAAGUAUGAAAUAUCCAAGGCUACUCCACCAGAAGUGACAUUGAUAUUAGUUAUUUGUAAAUGUUGUUGAAAUGUUUAAGUAUUUGGUAAAGCGGCACAUUGAGUUAUUUAUUUUCAAGACAUUCUUGGACAAAUGCAUUUUAAAUCCAUCACUGUGUAAUUUUAAUUUUUAAAUGAUUGCUUCAGAAACUGAAUCAUUGGACAUGAAUUAUCAGCCUUAGUCUAGCUAGAGCCUCUGUGGUCCUUAGCUAACCAAACUGAACAAUCCGUUUAUAAAGAAACUCAUUUGCAGUUCCAUAUAGGGGUUGCCAACCCUCCAGCAUUGUCCUGGAGUCUCUGAGAAUUGGCGGCUCAUCUUCAGGACACUGCUGCAAGUAACGCCCAGGGAAAGAAUCAUAGGGGCAUUAAAAACAUCUUUAUUUUGCGACUUUUUUUCAUUGGUUAUAAAAAUAUCAGCAGCGACAGGGGGUUCAUGGGGGAAAGGCUGUUUGACAGGGCAGGGGCAGCUAGAACACAGCUGAUGAAAAUCUGCAGGGACACACCCAACCAGAGUUGGCAACCCUAGUUCCCUGGAACAUGUAUGAAGGAGAGAUUUACCCCUCCAGCCUCUAUAGCGUGACCCCAUAACCAGGAAAGUCGCACACUCCUUUUUAAUCAAAUGAAAUCAAAUUAAAGCAGUGAGCUUUUAAAAGAAUUCAUAGGGUACUGAAGAAUUGUUUUAGAUAUAUAUUUUAUAAAAUUAUAUUUGAACAACCUAUGUUGGCUCCUGGUGUCCAUUUCUACAAUGGUAUAAUUAAGAUUUUGAACCGGGAUUGAAGAGUUAUCCUGCUUACUGCUGAGGGGGAGGUUGGCACUAAAGUUUAGAUGGCAAUGGCCAGCAUUUUUCAGUAUUCAUUGAUAAAAAAAAAUGGCUAAAGGUGUUUUAUCAAACAGUUAAUCCUCUUUAUUUUUCCCUGUGUAAAGGGCACCAUUACACCAAGCAGUUAGCAAAAUAGUGCUUUAAUUUCUUUCGUUCACUCCAAGUGCUAUGCAAGUUCAUAGAAUUAAUUCAUUUUCAGGCAUAUCAUGAUGCUUCAGUUUUUUUAUGUACAUCUUUCAUAUAUGUAUAGAAAAGUGCUAGAAUCUAUUGCUCUGUCUCUCUUUUCAUGUAUUUGUUCAUUCUGUAAACUACCGAUUGUAAAUAAGUUUAGCAUUCCUAUUGUAACAAAUUAAUUUUUAUGCAAUAAAUUAUAUUUCCUAGUUUAA